AUGUCAGCGGUUCACUUGACUCCUCGCAAGACCAUUCCGCCGGCAAUGCUGGUAGUUUGGAGUUCUGUUGCCACCAUGCUCUUGUCAUCAUUAUUUUAUUCAUAUCAUCAAAGCAUGAUUUUUUCCUCAUCCUUCUUCUUUCACAAUACGACGAACCAUACCAAUCACAGCAACAAGGAAACGCUCGGGCUACCAGUAGUCAUGUCAUCAUUUUUCCAAUUUUCCAAUUCGUCUUUGUUCGUACAUGCUCAACAACAAGAAUAUUCAUGUCUUCAACUUUCACAAUCUGACACAGCUUCCGUUAUGAUACCUUCUCAAGAUUAUUUACGUUAUCGUUUUGAAUUCAAAUCUGAAUCGCCAGUAUAUCGCUCGAGAUUCUUUGCAGAUUUAUUUUUGAGUGGAAUUUCAAAUGAAUGGAAUCAAUUGGAUGGACAAAUGUUUGCAUUCUUUGCAGUGAUCAAGAUGGAUGAUACCUUCAGGAAGGAAUUAUUGAAAACUAAAAUACUUUCAAAUAAUCAGCAACAACAACAACAAGUAUUAGAAUUCAAUUCCUCUUGGUUACCAUACUUGUACAAUUCCACAUUCUAUGUCAAGAGAAAUUUGAAAAAUUCAAUUGUAUAUUAUCCAUUGAAUUUUGAUGCACGAAUUAAUUUAGAUCCAAACAUGAUACCUUCUUUGAACCUUUCCUAUUCAUUACACUACCUCAACUCUGAUCAAUUAUAUCGAAAUAUGAUUCGUUUAGAUGCUCUUAAUUUCACUUCACAACAUCACGAAGAUGCAUCCUCUUUUGGUAAUCUUAUCAUGGGAGAUGGACUUGAAAAUACCUUAUCCAUGUUUUUACCAAGUAAUCCAAAACAAUAUAAUUUGACUGUUCUAUCACCCUUAUAUACUUCAACAAUGAUUGGAUCCAAUCGUAGUGAACCUCAACAACAACAACAACUUGAUGUGAAUCUUUCUUCCACAUGCUCACUCCUGUACAACCCUUCCAAGAAUCCAAAUAUGAAUCAUGAAUUUCUAUUGCUAAGUUUUAUGGUACGAGACUCUACGUAUACUCAAUUAUUUGACACGAUGCAAAUGGAGAGUCAAGGACUUUUUGCACCUCUACCUUACAAGAUUUCUCAAUUUCGAUAUUCAUUUUCAUAUUUUAAUGAUAGUGUGGAAUGUAGUGAUUUUCCAUUUACUUCACUUUAUACAUCUUAUAUUCGAGUGGUAAAUGUGAUUGAUUGGUUCAGUGUUGGCCUUAUUGUAUUAUUGCUCAUACCCAUGUAUUUUAUUUAUAGACAUGAACAACCUCUCAAGUCACGAUUAAUUGUACCCUAUUUGGGUAUUAUUUUCUUAAUCAUUCUCUUCAUUUCCAUUCGUUAUGAUACACAACCUAAUCCAUCCACUGCUCGAAAGAAUAUUGUUGCUGUUGCAUUCUUUUUAAUGAUGUUAUUAUCAUUCAUUGUUCAAACAGCUCGAUAUUAUUAUUUGAGAUGGGUUUAUCAGAGAAUUACUACUACCAAGAAACAACAUUUCAUCACUCGUAUUCUCACUUCCAAAUACUUUUAUUUUAUUGCUGUGUUAAUAUCCAUGUGUUUAGGUUUUAUAUAUUUAAUAAUUAUAUUCUCUGUUUCAGAAACUCUUACUAUUGAUAGUGGUGCUAUUGAUAUUACUAGAAUUGUAUUUCCAUCAGCAACAGCAUUGAUUUUAUUAAUUUGUAUUGUUGUGGAUGUGAUUUUGAAUUUCAAAACAUUCUUUUCAAAGAAUAUUGGAAAAUUCUUCUUUUUUGAUGAUCCAUUGUUUUUCAGAUCAGAAUUAUUAUUUAUUGUUCCAAUUGCAAUAUUCUUUGCUUUGGAUAAUGCAUUAUCUGCUGCCGUGACUAAAUUUGUCACUGUUAAAACUUUUUCAAUUGGAAGUACCGAUUCCUUAUAUUCUCUCUCUAUUGAUUCUCUCAAGACAAUGAUUGGAUUCUUUGGAGUAUUUCAUUUUGCUGAUAACAUGAUGUUUAUUUUAUUGCUAGGAGAAGCUAUGGUUUUGAUUGUUACAAUAUUUAGAUUAAUUAUGAGAAAUUACAAGAGUGGAAAGAAGGGAAUUUUCUUACUUGCCCCAACUAAGAAUCCUUUUGGAACAUUUAAAAGUGUUCAAGACAAUUUUGAAGAAGCUCAAGAAAUUGAUACCUUUUUACUAAAAGAUGAUGGUUACAAAUUGAUGGAAGACUUUUCAAAGCACGAGUUUUCAACUGAGAACUUGCUGGCUUGGGACAUUGUGCAGAAAUUAAAAGACGAAAAAGAUAACCAAAUCAAAUACGAUUUAUUGAUGGAGAUUCAUGAAAAAUUCAUUCGAACAGGCUCUGAAUUUGAAAUCAACAUUCCUUCGUCGACGAAAAAAGCAUUUGAAAAAUUUGUUGCUGAGGUUAAAGAAAAGAAAUGUGAAAUUGAUUUUAAUCGAAUUGAACCCCUUAAAAUUGAAAUUUCAAUGAAUUUGAAUGACACAUUCAGUAGGCUGUCAUUGAGCGAAGAAUACAAUGCAAUGGUUUCUAAAUGGAAGGCAGAGGAAGUGACAGCCUUGAAAGUUUAA